AAAGGCGGGACUUCCUGUGCUGUCCUUAACUUCCGGUUUACAUGGUGCAUCGCUUACAAGGCUCUUUAGGAAGGUCUCUGCCUCAUUGUUUAUAUCAGAUUUAGAUGUUUUGUAGCAGCUUUCCAUGCACAGCCCGGGUAGAGCUGAGAUUUGAAGAAACAGACUGGGAAUUGUCCCCCGCUGCUGCUUGUAACUCCCUUUUCCUUUGUUCCUGACAUUCCCAUCCCCUGUACUCACAUCUCCAGCCUCAUCUACUGGGAGUUAGAGAUGCCGCUGCCCAGUGCUGUACCCCAGGCUCACACUCUCCUGCCGCAAGUAAAGAUGGAGGAGGAUCCAGUUCCUGUGACCGGUUCCCCAGAGGUAGAAAUAGAAAUAAUCCAGAUCAAGAAAGAAGAGUCUGACUGUGAAGACUGUCUGACCCCAAUGGGAAGCUCAUCUGAGCCACUUAGUGAUGGGGAAGCAGAACCAGAAAUAUUACAGAUAAAGAUAAAGGAAGAAGAUCUGGACUAUGAAGAUCAUGUGACUCCAAUGGGAAGUGAUGGAGACAAUGAGACAUUACGGAGCUCUUGGGUCCAGAAGCCACUGACUAACUUGGACUAUGAGUUCAACACCUGUGGCCAAAGCCAGAAAUACUGUUUAGAGAGACAUGAGAUGGAAGAGACAGUUCAGAACCCAUUCACGUGUACAGAGUGUGGAAAGGGCUUCAGAUAUAAACCCCAUUUGCAGAGUCAUCAGAUGGUCCACACUGGGGAGAAACCAUUCACAUGUACAGAAUGUGGCAAGAGAUUCCCAACGAAGAGAGCGUAUGAGUGCCACCUCCGACUUCACACGGGAGAAACUCCUUUCACUUGCGCACAGUGUGGGAAAAGCUUCUGUAACAAGGGCAGCCUUCGUCUGCACCGGAAAGUUCACACCGGGGAAAAACCUUUCAAAUGUACAGAAUGUGGGAAAGAGUUUGCUCUAAGGAACAGUCUUGAUACCCACUAUAAAAUCCACACAGGGGAGAAACCAUUCCCAUGCACACAGUGCGACAAAAGCUUCCGUUCUAAGAGCAACCUCUAUAACCACCGUAAGGUUCAUGCAAGGGAGAAACCAUUCAUGUGCACAGAAUGCGGGGAAUGCUUCUCUGUAAACAACGACCUGCUCACCCACAUCUGUACCCCGUCUGGGGAUUGUAGUUUCACCAGUAGACAAGCACAUGUAAGAGCUCUAGAGAGGCCUUAUAUCUGUAUAGAAUGUGGGAAGAGCUACCAUAUUAAACAUCAUUUACAGGAGCACCAGAAGACGCACACGGGGGAGAAACCAUUCGCAUGCACAGAAUGCGGGAAAAGGUUCUCUCGAAAGAGAGGCCUUAAAUGUCACCUUAAAACCCACACGGGGGAGAAACCUUUCACUUGUACAGAAUGUGGCAAAUGCUUUGCUGAAAAGGGCAACCUUCAGAGCCACCAGAGAAUUCACACAAAUUCGAAUCCAUACGCGUGUGCAGACUGCGGCAGAAGCUACGCCACCAAGAGCUCGCUCAUCAGCCAUCAUAGGGUUCACACGGGCGAGAAACGUUUCAAAUGUGUCGAAUGUGGAAUAGCCUUUGCUGCGAAGGAAUCUCUCCAGACCCACUAUAAUAGUGAUAAGAAUAGUUGUGUCGGCCCUGGGCCCAAACUUCACACGUGUGAGGAAUGUGGCAAAAGCUUUAAUUCAAAGUCCAACAUGAAAAGCCACCAGAUAGUCCACACAGCGGAGAAACCAUUCACGUGCACGGAAUGCGGCAAGAGCUUCAGGAAGAAACUUCAGUUGAAGAGACAUCAGUUGGUCCAUACAGAGGAGAAACCCUUCAUGUGUCCAGAAUGCGGGAAGGGAUUCUCUAAAAGGAUUCUGUUUGAGAGCCACGUCCGGCUUCACACAGGAGAACGGCCUUUCACUUGUAUGGAAUGUGGGAAGGGCUUUAGGAAUAAACUUCAGCUACAGAGACAUCACAAGAGGCACACACAGGAGAAACCCUUCGUGUGCACAGAAUGCGGGAAGGGAUUCACUGCCAAGAGCCGCUUUGACAUCCACAUCCGAAUUCACACAGGGGAAAAACCCUUCCUUUGUACGGAAUGUGGGAGAAGCUUCUCUACCAAGUGCAGCCUUCAUAUGCAUCUUAAAACUCACAAAGGGAAAAACCUUCAGACCAACAGAGUGUGCGAAACCGUUUGCUCCUAAACGUCGUCUUGAUAUCAAUCAUUAAAGGGAUACUGUCAUGAGAAAACACAUCAGUUAAUAGUGCUGCUCCAGCAGAAUUCCGCACUAAAAUCCAUUUCUCAAAAGAGCAAACAGAUUUUUUUAUAUUCAAUUUUGAAAU